AUGAGCACUGAACGCAUGCCUUCUCAAGAUGGACUAUCUAUCCCAUUCUUCAAUUUGGGGAUGAAUGUAUCACGCUCAGUUUCCAUCUCUGCCACCCUAACCUCUCGCACCAGGGUAUACCCCGACUGGUUGCUGGGGAUAAGCCGCACGCCGACACUUCCCAGGGAACCUACUUCGGAGGUUGUUCCUCCGGAGGACGAAGGACAGGGAAACACCAAAAGAGAUUCGCUAGUUGACAUCAUUCAUAACGAAACCCAGCAAAUCGCCCCCGACCAUGAAUGCCCGAUGCCUCCCCAAAUGGAAGAGCAAGAUGCUCUCAAUCUGGUUGCUGAGGUGGCUCGCGAUGAGCCUAUUGAGCCUGCGUCCAUUAAGGGUCCUAAAGCGGUCCAUUUUCCCUAA